AUGCCCGUGGUCAAAGGAGGUGUGUGGACCAACAUCGAAGAUGAGAUCCUCAAAGCCGCAGUGUCCAAAUACGGACUGAAUCAAUGGGCACGAGUUUCAUCCUUACUCGCUCGAAAGACCCCGAAACAAUGCAAGGCAAGAUGGACGGAAUGGCUAGACCCAGGCAUCCGCAAGAUAGAAUGGUCCAAAGAAGAGGACGAGAAACUUCUGCAUCUGGCAAAGUUGAUGCCCACGCAAUGGCGCACCAUCGCACCUAUUGUUGGGCGGACCGCCACACAGUGUUUGGAACGUUAUCAGAGGCUGCUGGAUGAAGCAGAGGCACGAGAAAAUGAUGAACUGGGUCUUGGAGGACCGGAGGGUGGGGAGACUGCCGCGCCUACAGGAGACCAAGUCCGCAAGCUACGGCCUGGCGAGCUUGAUCCAGACCCAGAAUCCAAGCCGGCGCGACCUGACACGAUCGACCUCGACGAGGAUGAGAAGGAAAUGCUCAGCGAAGCCCGGGCGCGUCUGGCGAAUACCCAAGGAAAGAAGGCGAAACGGAAAGCGCGUGAAAGACAACUGGAGGAGUCGAGAAGACUGGCCGUGCUGCAGAAGCGCCGAGAACUCAAGAAUGCCGGCAUCAACAUCAAAAUUACGAACCGCAAGAAGGGUGAAAUGGACUACAAUGCCGACAUUCCUUUCGAGAAACAGGCCGCGCCUGGGUUCUACGAUACCCAAGAGGAAGAAACGAAGAAUGAGCGUGAGCGGGAAAUGUUUGAUCCACGGAAGCAGCAGCUGGCCAGGAAGCGGCAGGGAGACCCAGAAGACAACAUGGAUCCCAAACGACAGAAACAAGACAAGAGCAAGUCCUCGGGGGCAUUGGUCGCUGCUGCAAAGGCUGGACAAAUGCAGCGCAUCCGGGAGGCAGAGCAACAGAGUAAGCGCCGGUCUCUGAACCUCCCAGCCCCACAAGUGAGCGAGAACGAAUUGGAAGAGAUUGUGAAGAUGGGAAUGGCUGGGGAACGGGCAGCCAGAGCCGUAGGGGACGAAGAAGGCAGUGAUCGGGGGCUUGUCUCAAACUACAGCAAUAUGGUCGGAGCAACGCCUAUUCGAACGCCUCGAGCGCCAGCACAGGAAGACCAUAUUGCGAAUGAGAUCAGAAACAUUAGGGCUCUCACGGAGACGCAAUCGUCGUUGCUGGGCGGCGAGAACGCGCCUCUUCACGAGGGGACGAGCUCCACUGGUUUCGACGGGAUUGCUCCACGAAGACAGGAGAUAGUGACGCCGAAUCCGAUGGCCACUCCAUUCCGUCAGGCCGGUCCUGGUGGACUCCCAGGUGCGACCCCGUUGCGAACGCCUCGCGAUAAUCUGACCAUCAACGAGAAAGGCGAGCGCCAGUUAGUGGCUCAGACGCCUCGCGACAUGCGGCUGGCCGAGAACGCGGUACGGAACUCACUCAGAGCAAAGCUCGCUUCUCUCCCGAAACCCAAAGAAACGGAUUGGGAGCUCGAACUUACGCCAUCAGAGCAAGCCGAGUCGGCUGAACGGGACGCUCAGGAUCGGGAGGAUCAGGAGGAAGUUGACAGGCGUGAACAUCAAACAAAGGAGGCUGCUGCUGCUGCCGAGUUCAAGCGACAGACACAGGUGUACCAGCGAGGCUUACCCCGACCCAUUACUGUCGACUAUACCUCGCUUGCUUCCGAAGCCACAUCAAUAACCGAUACCAUCCGGCAGAUGAUAGUCCAAGAGGCCGCCGUGCUUAUGGCGAACGAUGCCCGAAAUCACCCUCUUCCAGGGUCGAGAGUUGUUGGUCAGCCUCCGCAGGUGGAGCAGCUGUCGGAUGAUCUCGUCGCAAACGCACGCAAACAGCUGGCGGCCGCAUGCGACGAGGCCGGUCGUCAGGCUUAUAUUACCGAGGUGGCAGCCUUGUACGCUGAUGCCAACGAUCCCGAGACUCUUCCACGAAAUCUUGCCGCUGCGAGUGGGGAGGCAUAUGAUAAAGCCUUCCAGGCUGCACAAAAGAGUCUUUUGGUGGCCGCCGAAGCGGGGAACAAGCUAGAAAAGAAGCUGUCGCUGCAUUUGGGUGGAUAUCAAGUACGGCAAAGGACGCUCAAGCAGAAAAUUGGUGACGUCUAUAACCAGAUCAAGGAGCAAGAGGCCCAGCUGGAAGGGUUCAAGACCUUGCAGAUCACUGAAGACGGGGCGCUGGCAAGGAAGCUGGAGAGGCUUAGAGAUGAAGUCCAUCUCGUCAGCAGGCGGGAACGAGAAGCGCAGGAGGAAUAUCGGAACGUCAAAGAGGAGCUUAGGGAGUUGGAAGCAAAGAUUGCGGCAAGGGUCAACGGACUCAAUGGGCACGCCUAA